ACUUGCCUUCGAUCCUGUGACUGUGUGCAGAAUGCCGCAAGAUGCUCCUGCGGACACCGCAGGUCCAUCAUCCCCUCCGCCUCGACUUCCCGAUGGUUGGCUACCGCAGUGGGAAGGUGUUCAGCGCCAGUGGUACUAUGUCCAGCGAGCGACCGGCAAGUCACAAUGGGACAUACCAACCGAACCGGUCGUCCUCACGCCUUCUACGACCCCGACGUCCAUCGGAACAGGGCCCUCGCAAGCACCCCUUUCUCGGCCCUCAACCAACAGUCCCUGCGUGACGGCGACCGGAAACUCGUUGGUGGAACGAAUGGAAUCGGCGGCGGACAAGGCGAGAUUUUCCAGCCCCCUAAGCUCUCAGCUCAAUGACCAACCAAACACUUCCAUGCAAGGGUCACUGGGAACAUCAGGAUGGCAGUCGGCUCAUAAUGUCCAGCAUGGAGCCCAAUCCUAUACACAGCCGUUCCCAUCUGGUAGUGGGGCUUACGCAGCAGCUCAAUUUCACCAAAGUGUCCCUGGAAACCCCGAUCAUAGACCAGUCUAUGCCGACCAAGGACAAUAUCCGGUGCAAAACCAUCAACAACCGACCUGGGGUAGCCAUGCCCAGAUGACACAAAUGCUCCCAGGUGGGCCCACCGCCAACUCUACCACAGAGCAGUAUCACAACUUUCCCAUGGACGCGCAACAACCAUCUCAGAUGUCGGCAUAUACAACCUCGAUAGCAUACCCAGGGAGUCAACGCUCUGGACUUGUUCAACCUGUGUUCUCUUCAUCCCAGCCGGCAUGGCAACUCGGAGGACAUCACACCAAAUCGAGUCAUCCGCCUCAACCUUCGUCCGAUCAUUAUAGCCUAACGAACUUGUCUCAACCCUUCUAUGGGUCCCAGCCUAUCCCCCAAACCAGUGGGCAGCAUCCGGGAGAACCUGCAUCGAGAUCCUCACAGCCAUCCAUUCCCUACCAUACGGGGAGCGCCCACAGUGGCAACCAGGUAGAAAUGCACCAGCCUCGCGGCUCACUUUCCGCACAAUCGCAUGGUAAUUCGAAUCAAGGCAAUAAUAUAGCGAGCCAUCCCUUGUCCCGGUCUCAAUCCCACCAGAGCGCAGGAUUUCAACACGACCAACAAGACGGUCUUGGUGCUGGUUCUCACACACAGCCUUCGGUGCAUGAUUACGGUCCUCAGCUGUCCAACGGUCAGAGCUCUUAUCAGAGCACUGAUAUGUCUCGGACGCAACGUGGCCCUGGUUUCAACUCGAUGGUCUUCCCCACGGCCCCGGGCGCCCACGGAGGCCCCCAACACUAUCAGAACCCUGUCGUCCAAGCGGGAGUGCACCAUUAUCUGUCCCAGCAGCCGCAGAACAGCACACAUAGCGAUGUGACCAACCAGCACAGAGCGAAUUAUCACCCGCAUUCCAGUCAAUCCACUGUUCCUCAGGGCCAAUGGACGACCUCGGCCAGCGCUUCCCGUAUAGCGGCCUCUGAUCCUCAAUUUGUGAGCGGUCCUUGGGCAUCUUCGACGCCACCAACCUCUGGGCCGUCUCAGCAGCUUCACUAUGGUUGAGUUAAUUGAGUUACGAUGAAUUCUAUGAGCUGAGAGAUUCUUCUCCUGGCAAGAUCGACGGACUUCGACUUUUUUGAACGUUUGGCGUGCUACUAUUCCCAUUAUAGAUUCCCUGAUUUUUGUGAUUGAUGGAUGUUAGGCAAUUCAUGACUUUAUUUCUAUCGUAAA